AUGGCAAUCCAUGAACCAAGCGUAGAAUACUGGCCAACAUCUGAUGACGAAGCUGAUAAUGAACAAGCACAAUCAAACUUCUGCUUCGUAGCUGGUGUUGAAAUACCUUCAAGAGCUCCAAACGUCAUAGAACAGUUGAAACAAGACUUUCAAGAAUCAACUGAUAAAUACAAUAUUCUAAAUGAAAAACUGACUGAUUCUUUAAAACAAAUCAAUUCUCUUAAAACCGAGAAUAAAAGACUGAUAUGGAAUAUGGAUUCUAUCAAAGUUGCUAGAAAACUAAGUGAUGAUAUUUUCACAAAGGCAAACACCUUAGGAACUGACAAAAUUGAUACGAAUUAUAGACCAGGAAUUGGAAGAGAAUCCUUUGAAAUUAAACAAGCAAAAGAGGAAAACAAGACGCAUUGUGAAAACUCUGCAUCUACUCUACCAGAUCUUUUCACAUCUGUUAAUGAGGAAGAUUCAGAUGACGAAACAGUUAUCAACUGUAGUCCAGAUGAUAAUGCUUUCAGUGUUUCCAAAAAGUCUUUCAAAAGAGUUGUAAAUUCUGAAACAAACUCUGCAAGUUCUUUAACUCACCAAAUCAAACAUACCGAUGGAACCACUAAACUCAAAAACUUUUUGAAUGGAGAAAAUUCCUCUUAUGAGGAUGGUAGUACUUCUAUACCAACUGUACUUAAUGCUGGAGAACCCAAUGAUGAUACAUGGUAUAUUGAUAGUGGCUACUCCAAGCAUAUGACAGGAAACCGGAACUACUUACGUGACUUCAAACCUAUACAAACCAAUCAAGAUGUUACCUUCGGAAACAACAUGAAAGCAAAAAUCAAAGGUUAUGGAAACAUAACAAAUGGUAAUUUUACCAUAAAGAAAGUUGCCUUCGUCGAUGACCUGAAACACAACCUCAUCAGUGUUUCUCAACUAUGUGAUAACAUUCUUGAAGUUCUUUUCACCAAACAACGAAGCUUGAUCAUGGACACCAAAACCAAAGAUGUUAUAGUUGAUUCUGACCGUGCCGGAAAUAUGUAUCCACUUGACAUGGAUCUUAUCUAUGGUAAACCCGAUAUAUGUCUGCUAUCUAAAGCCCCAGCAGAUAUUAGUUGGUUAUGGCACCGUCGCCUUUCCCAUCUAAACUUUGGGUACAUCAACAAAUUAAUCGGCGAUGAUCUUGUUCGAGGGCUACCACUUCUGAAGCUUGAUAACGAAACUCUUUGUGCCGCAUGUUAA